GCGGGUGCGUGCGCGCACGUAGCGCCACUCCCGAACGACCGCGGGAAAAUUCCAAACACGUCAAAACAAGAAAGCCACCGUGAGGCCACGCCAGGUUUUCAAGCCGCAGAAGUCGGGCGGUGGCUUCUUUUCCGCCGCGGCCCAAUCUGCUGAGGCAGCUCAGGGCGAGGACCACCCGCGGAGGCCGCCAUUUCCCGCUGGGACAGAGAAGGCUCGCGAGAACGUGCGCCGAGCCUCGACGUGGGCGAGCCGCGCUCCCGCAGGGCGCGGGGUCCGAGGCGGGAAGGCUGCUGUGAAAGGAUGUCACUGUUAUCUGCCUAGAGAUGGCUCAGGAUUCUGCAGACCUUGCUGCGGACUAUCAGUUUUGGCUGCAGAAACUUUCUGCUUGGGAACAGGCCUCCUCUAAGGAAACACAACAGGACACCUGUCUUCAUCUGUCCCGGUUCCAGGAGUUCCUGAAGCAGAUAUAUGAAAUCUUGAAAGAGAUGGAUUCUAACGCAAUUCUGGAAAGGUUCCCCACAAUUGGUCAACUGUUGGCAAAAACUUGUUGGAAUCCUCUCAUCUUAGCAUAUGAUGAAAGCCAAAAAAUUCUAAUAUGGUGCUUAUGUUGUCUGCUGAACAAAGAACCACGAACCUCUGGAGAAUCAGAACUUAACUCCUGGAUCCGGGGUUUGUUAUCUCAUGUACUUUCUGCAUUCAGAUUCGACAUGAAAGAAAUUGGUCUUUUUCCUGAAAGUCUCGGAUAUGAGUCUGUUGAUUACUAUCCUAGUUUGCUUAAAAAUAUGGUUUUGUCAUUAGUGUCUGAGCUCAGAGAGAGUCAUCUUAAUGGAUUGAACAUUCAGCGUUGGAUGGCUCCCGAGCGCAUGAUGUCCCUAUCACAAGUUUGUGUCCCUCUUGUUACUCUGCCUGAUUUUGAACCACUGGUGGAGGCUCUACUCACCUACCAUGGACAUGAAUCUCAGGAAGUCCUCUCACCUGAGUUCUUCGAAGCUGUAAAUGAGGCCUUCUUGUCGAAAAAGAUCAUUCUGCCCACAUGCUCUGUGGUCAGCCUCUGGUUUCGGCAUCUCCCCAGUCUUGAAAAAUCAACGCUGCAUCUUUUUGAAAAGCUGUUCUCCAGCAAGAGAAAUUGCCUGAGAGAGAUGGAGUGCUGUAUAAAAGAGUCAUUGCUGCCUCAAGCAGCCUGCCACCCUGCCAUCUUCAGAAUCGUAGAUGAAAUGUUCAGGUUUGUGCUGCUGGAGACUGAUGGAGCCCCAGAAGUACUAGCUGCUCUUCAGGUAUUCAUGUCAUGCUUGACAGAAGCUCUGGAAAAAGAAAACAAGCAGACAAAGUUUUCCCUCAAGACCUACUUUCCUUACGGUGCUCCAUCUCUCACUGCAGUGCUGGCCCAGCGCCCUGAAGCUAUCCCACAGAGACAUCGGCUCCAGCCGCUGCUGCACAUUUCCCAACUCCUCAGAGAAGCAGUUGAAGACCAUACUCAUGGGUCCCAGCAAGGUCCCUUCGAGAGUUGGUUUCUGUUUGUUCACUUUGGAGGAUGGGUUGAUCUGGCAGUGGAGCAGUUGCUGAGGAAGGAAGCUGAGCCCCCUGCAGGCCUGCUGUGGCUCUUGGUGUUCUAUUACAGCCCACAGGAUGGGAGUCAGCGGAGAGUGCAGAGCAUGGGACCUGAGACAAGAGGCUGCCCCAGCCGUCAGGCUGCUCAUGGUCUGGGCCUUCUGUUCUUGGGGUUAUCUGAUCCCAGGUUAUUCUGCUCAGCUGCCUCAGCUGCCCUCAUUUACCCCUGUGCCUCAUCCCAGGGCUCCGUGCUUUAGGAGAUCCCAAUCAGGAGUGACAGCUGCUCCUGAGGCAGUCCGUGUCUUCUUCUCUUUCCCACCAACAGCCUGGCCAGUCUGCUUUCACCCCACUUAGCACUUUCCUGCAUCAGCCAGACUUGUACUGAGGUAAUCACAUGAUUUAACCAUUUGGUCUCUAAAUAACAGGGUUUCUGUGCAUAGGACCAGGUAGAUGUCUAUGGAAAAGAUGCUGUUAUUUAUGUAGAAUGUAGUUAUUUCAGGAAGCCAUGCUUUGAUUAAAGCUUUGCCACCUCCUUGCAAACAUUUACUUGCUGGCUUUUAAAAACUUCAGUCUAGGGCUGGAGAGAUGGCUCAGUGGUUAAGAGCACUGGCUGCUCUUCCAGAGGACCUGGGUUCAAUUCCCAGCACACAUGAUAGCUCACAGCUGUCUGUAACUCCAGUUCCAGGGAAUCUGACACCCUCACACAGAACUAUGUGUAGGCAAAACACCAUGCACGUGAAAUAAAAAUAAAUUAAAACAAAGAAAUACAACAAAAACAAAAAAACAAAAAGCAAAACAAAGCCUUCAGUCUCCGGUGCUUUUUGCCCACUUUAGUGAUUAAAAGAAACAGGUUUUAGUGUGUGUGGAACAGCGCUCCUGUUUGUCCCAAAUCAGAGGUGAGUGCAAUCUUGUGUUUCAUUUGCUUAAAGCAGUGGUUCUCAACCUGUGAGUCAGGACCCCUUGUGGGGGUGUAAAAAGACCCUUCCACAGGGGUUGCCUAAGACUAUCAGAAAAACACAGAGAUUUACAUUAUAAUUCAUAAGAGUAGCAAAAUUAAUUAUGAAGUAGCAAUAAAAUAAUUUGAUGGUUGCGGGUCACCACAACACAAGGAACUGUGUUAAGGGGUCAUAUCAUUGGGAAGGUUGAGAACCACUGACUUAAAGAUUUCCAUAGCAUGGUGAAGAUGAGCCUUGGAAUUAAAAGAAUUGAAAGUUGAGGAUAAUAUUGGAUCAGAAUAAAGCAUUUUAAAGAUGUUAUCAUCUACAUAUGUAUUUCAAGAUUGCUGCUUAAUUCAAAGGAAAACAGUCUUCACUUUAAAAGAUCACAUUUGGCUGGUGAGAUGACUCAGCAGAUAAUGGCAUUGGCCACCAAGACUGAAGACCUGAGUUCAACCCCGAGAAUCCACAUAAUGGAAAAGGAGAACCAACUCCCAAAAGUUGACUUCUGACUUUCACACACACAUUGUAUUUCACAUGCCACCUAUACACAAAUAAGUGAAAUACAAAUUAAAAAUAUAUAUUGCAUUAAACUGACUAAGGACAAUCCUAGUUCAUGGCUUUCAUCUCUUAGUAGGAAUGAUUAAGGUGUAUGAAAGACUGGCCCUUUCAUUUGCAUUUUGAAUUAGAUUCUUUGUAAACUAAAUUGGUAGGUAUGUGUUAAUCCAUAUGGAUCAUAGAUACUUACAGAGACUGACUUUUGAAAUACAGAGUAGUGUCUGAGCAGUCCUGUAAGAUUUAAUUUAUAGGGGCCAGCAAGAUGGCUCAGUAAGUAAAGACAUUAGCUGCCAAGCCUGACAACCUGAGUUUGAUCAUGGGGCACAUCAUGGAAGGUGAGAACUAACUUCUAAAGUAGUCUCUGACCUCCAUACAUGUUCUGUGUACAUGGGCUGCACAUGUGUGUGCAUAUGGACACACAAAUUUAAUUUUUUUCUUUUUAAAAUGGAUUUAAUUUCUAGAAAGUUCAGCUAUAGGCACCUUUUAGUAUUAGCUAACUUGGAUUCAGGAGUAUUUCUCGUUCUUUAAAGUAUGCCUUGGUCUUUCUUGGGGUGAUUAGACACCUGAAUAAAAGCAGGCUACUCCAUUCAGAGUAGUUUGGUAUUACCUGUUUUCACUCCUUAGCUGGUCACUCAGAGGCAGCUACUGCCUAGUCCUAGAAGCCAGAGCUUCCCCUUACUAAUGAUGCCCUGACUAGAGCCGCUGGUGUGUGCCAUACUUGAGGAAGGCGUCUUCCUACGUGCUAAUGUAGACAUGUUGACCCCUUGGUGGCCAGCAGGAACUCGAGUACAGGUGAACUCAGUGUUGCAGCACAGGGUGAUAAUAGGACUCUGGAGUUUGCUGAUGCUUGUGCCUUUGCCUUAACUUAAAAAUAGUAAGUCACUGUCAGUCACUUAGCUGCAAGUGCUGUGCUGUAGACAGACGAAUCUCUCCUGCCCACUUGUUCCCGAAUAACCAGUCAGAAGCUUGAUAUUAAUUACAAACUGUUUGGCCUGUGACUCAGGCUUAUUACUAGCUAGUUCUUAUAUCUUUAAUAAACUCAUUUCUAUUAAUCUAUAUAUUGCCACAUGGCCAUGGUGUUACUGGUCUGCUGGCAUUUUGCUCCUUGGGCAGCUGGAUCUUCUGGCAGAGCAAAUUCCCACAACACUGUGCUGACAGUCCUCUGCUGGGGUAAGGACUGUGGGGUAAAGUGGCAUACCUGUCCUGCCUGGGGUACACCUUUGCCAGCGGUGUUCAUCUGCUUUGGCUAACUAAAUUGGACCAUGAAUUUAAGACUGUAUUUUAUGUACCCCUUGCCUUGGUCAGGGCUUCAAACCCUUCGGACACUGUCUUUUCACUUGUAAGAAUCUUUUUGGAAAGGCAGAGAUUCACACAAAGCUGCUUGCGCACAAUGGGCAUCAAAGCUGAGUUCAUCGCUGCGGGAUCUGAAAUGGCCUGAGCUUGCAUAAGCUGCUACUGAGUAAGUGGUGCUGGGUCCCAGCCGUGGACUGGCACACUACCAGGAAGAGUCCGUCCUGUUGCCAGAUAGUCUUAGGCACAUGACCGUUGGACAGCAGCAGUAAACAGUUACUCCCAAUGCGGGGAGCACAGGGUGCCCAGUGGCUCCUUCAGAGGAUGAGUGGUGGGUUUUUUUUUUAAAUCAUUUUUUAAUCUUCAUGUUUUCCAUAGUGAGCAAAAGUAAAUUUUUAUAAUGACGAAUGAAAAUGAGAACAAAAGGCUUAUCUCUUACUUCAAAGAACACACAUCUCCCUUAUAGAAGCUUCUGGACAUAGCAGUCAUGUGAGAGGAAGUCAGUGUGGACAAAACAGGAUCGAGGGAGAGAUGAGGUUCAGCCUCUCUUCAGAUGUCAUAGCUGAGGUGGUAGCUAUCCUGGGAACACUGCUCCUCUCAGUGGAAAAGUGCCGUGGUGCCUUUCUCACGGUCACCCUUGCAGUCAGGAGAACUCACACAACACUCCUAGUGUGCUGCUAUCCAUGACAGAUGGCACUGAAUGGGGCCUAAACAUGCAGGGGAGAAGCAGCUCUCAGAGACCCACAAAAUAAACCGUGGGAAUUCUCACCACAGUCUCGAAGAGCCUUUCGGCAGGAUGGACCAUCAGUGUGAUGUUCUGCGCUGCAUCUGCCUUGCUCUGUGAGCCACAGGAGUCUCAGCAUGAAAUAAAUAUUUUUUAUGCAAAAACAACCCACGGACUUUGAACAGUUACUGUUAUUAUGUGGAUUCCACAGACUUGUGACCUCUGCUUGAGCUGUGAGCAUGUACGAACAACUGUCCCAGUGUCUGCAACAAAACAGAUGAGCUUGUGUGUGUGUGGCCUGGGCUUCCCUCAACCAGCCCAGGCACCGCCCAGUGGGCCUGUGGCUCUAACUGAUUGGGGCUGAUAUUGAGGGGUCGUCUUCAAGGGGCCUUUUGUUUUACCCACAAUAAGAAAAUUCUGACUACAUUCUGCUGAGGACUUGCCUUCAUUUGCUUUCAUAUAAAAAGAAAAGGUCAGGUCCUGGCAUAGCGCCCUGGCUGCUUGGUGGGCAAGACGAAAGAAAGUCAAGAAAUUUCCAUUAAACCCAUUUGGGUUUAUGUAGAGCUGUAUGUGUGAAUUAGCCGAGCUUGGGUGCCUGGCUGUUCCUUUCUCUGGGGCUUCAAAGCAUCAAACACAUCCUAGAGUCACUCCCGUCGAGUCCUCUCUAGGGCCUCACCCUCUGUACUUGUA